AUGCACCGCGAUAAUCAAACAGCCGCCGUUCGGGCAGGCGUCGAGUCAGAUGGUCAACAUGGUUCCGUCAUUCCAGCGAUCCACCUGUCCAGUACAUUCGCCUUCAAAGGCUUCGAUGACAAGGGUCGAUACGACUAUACCCGCUCCGGAAAUCCCACCCGCGACCUUUUGGGAGACGCCAUUGCACGUUUGGAAGGUGGUGUUGGUGGCGUGAUAACGGCCUCAGGAAUGGCCACGGUGACGCUGGUGUCGCAGCUGCUCAAACCAUCAGAUCUGGCGCUCGUCGCACAUGAUUGCUAUGGAGGUUGCCACCGUUUGUUCAACUCAUUGACUGAGCGCAAGGUGAUCAACGCUGAAUUUGUCGAUCUUACUCAAAGCACUGCGUUGGAGCUGGUGCGGUCGCGCAAACCCAGACUGGUUUGGGCCGAGACUCCCAGUAAUCCACUGUUAAGAGUGACGGAUAUCAGAGCGCUCGCCGAAGCGUGCAAAGCAGUCGGCGCAUUACUGGUGGUCGACAACACUUUUCUGUCGCCGGCUUGGCAGCAACCACUGCAGCUUGGGGCGGAUAUCGUGGUUCACUCAACAACCAAGUAUCUCAACGGACACAGUGAUGUGGUGGGCGGGGCCGUGAUCGCUCGUGAUACGGAGUUGUUAGAAGAACUGGGGUGGUGGGCGAAUUGUCUGGGCCUUACUGGUGCUCCGUUUGAUAGCUAUCUGAGUUUACGUGGCUUGCGGACUCUCCAUGCCCGGCUUAGUGCUCACACCGAAUCGACUAAGGCUGUGCUAGAAGUGCUGACUGAGCAUCCGGCGGUCGGCAAGAUCUACUACCCAGGCUUGACCAGUCAUCCCGGACACGAAAUCGCCAAGCGCCAGCAGCAGGGCUUCGGCGCGAUGAUCAGCUUCGAACUAAAGAACGGGUUGGAUGCGGUACCAGGUUUUCUGGCGGAACUUGAGUGCUUUUCUCUCGCGGAGUCUCUGGGAGGCGUGGAAAGCUUAGUUGCUCAUCCGGCGACGAUGACCCACGCUGCCAUGACAGGCGAAGCGCGCAAGACGGCUGGGGUCAAUGAUUCACUGGUACGACUGUCAGUUGGCAUUGAACGCCCUGAAGAUUUGGCUGCAGACAUAAAGCGGAGCCUCGACCAGAUGGUUAGUGCGAUCGAUCAACCGGUAGCCCGCGUCGCGUCCGUUGCAUAG